AUUGAACAAAAGUUGAGACAAUGGCGGCCUUCGCGUGAGGUCAUCGCAACUCGAGGAGGAAGAUGACACUCCUCGUGGACCGGGCUCAGGUUCGGCUUCUGCACCUGACACGCAGCACAGAUGCCGCUUGCUGACCCGGAGAGGACACGCAGCGACUGCUUCUGCGCAAUCAUCACAAGCGAGCAUGGUGUACCGAGGGAGCGUCCGACCUUUCGUCAACUUUGACGCCAAACAGGACGCCGAGAUCCUCCACCGAGCCAUGAAAGGACUCGGCACAGAUGAAGACGUGAUCCUUAUGCUGGUGGCGGCUCGCAGCAACAAUCAGCGGCAGCAGAUAAAAGCGGCGUACAAGACGUCCUACGGAAAGGAUCUGGUUGGCGCGCUCAAGUCGGAGCUGGGUGGUCUGUUCCAGAAUCUGGUCGUGGCCCUGAUGACUCCGCCCGUCUCGUACGACGCCGCGCUGCUGCACAAAGCCAUCAAGGGCGUCGGGACCGACGACGCCGCGCUGAUUGAGAUCUUGGCCUCCAGGAGCGCGGCCCGCCUUCGAGACCUCCACGAGGUCUACGAGCGAGAUUUUGGCAAUAAGCUGGAAAAAGACAUCUGCAGCGACACUUCGGGAUGGUACAAGAGGCUGCUGGUAAUCCUCCUCCAGGGAAGACGCGAGGAGGGAGUCGACGAGGCAACCGUCCAGAAAGAUGCCAAGGAUUUGUAUGCGGCGGGCGAGGGAAAGUUCGGCACAGAUGAGGAGAAAUUCAUCAACAUUCUUGGAAACAGGAGCGCAGAACAUCUCCGUCAAGUGUUUGCCGCGUACAGGAAUUUGUGUGGUUCCGACAUCGAGGACAGCAUUGAAGGCGAGACCACAGGAAAUCUGGAGAACUUGCUGCUAGCUGUCGUGAAAUGCACCCGCAGCCUUCCGUCUUUUUUCGCUGAGUCGCUGUACAAAUCAAUGAGGCGUGCAGGGACUGACGACGACACCCUGAUGAGGAUCGCUGUGUCCAGGAGCGAGGAGGACAUGUUGGACAUCGCCGCGUGCUUCAAGGAGCGCUACGGCACCUCGCUCCACAACGCCGUACAAGAGGACACAUCCGGCGCCUACCAGAAGUGUUUGCUUUACCUUUGCGGCCCCAAAGAUUGACGCCGCGCCUCUUAAAUCGAGCUCCGCCGAUUGCCGUGUCCCCGUCGCCGCUUGUUGUUGCUGCUACUGAUUGUAUUUACGUGAUUGCCUUGGGUGUCAUGUUUGGCUUGGAAGAAAAUAUGUCAUCAAACUUUA